UUUCUACUAAUUUAUUCUUGUCUUUUUUGCAUAUAUGCAGAGCACAAAGUAAUCAUAGUGGGACUUGAUAAUGCUGGAAAGACCACUAUUCUUUACCAAUUCUUAAUGAAUGAAGUGGUUCAUACUUCUCCAACCAUAGGAAGCAAUGUAGAGGAAAUAGUGGUGAAGAACACUCAUUUCUUAAUGUGGGAUAUUGGAGGACAAGAGUCAUUACGGUCAUCGUGGAAUACCUAUUAUUCAAACACAGAGUUCAUCAUUCUUGUUGUUGACAGCAUUGAUAGAGAGCGACUUUCUAUUACAAAAGAAGAACUUUAUAGAAUGCUGGCUCAUGAGGAUUUACGGAAGGCUGCAGUUCUCAUCUUUGCAAACAAGCAGGACAUGAAAGGUUGCAUGACAGCUGCCGAGAUAUCUACAUACCUCACCCUCAGCUCCAUAAAGGAUCAUCCGUGGCACAUUCAGUCCUGUUGUGCUUUGACAGGAGAAGGAUUAUGCCAAGGCUUGGAGUGGAUGACCUCCCGUAUUGGAGUGAGAUAGCUUUUUUUUUUUUUUUCUCCUCCUCCCUAAAAGAAGAGACUUCUAUUUAUCCUGUGAACAUGUACAUUUUUCUGUACUUCUGGCUGCUGAGGCAGUGACCAUGUUUAAUUUAUAUCAGCCAACCCCCAAGCUGUACUUGAAUCAAGCACAGUUGAACGGAAACACAAAGUAUUUUCCUAACUUUUUUAAUACACUAAUCUUCAACAGGAUGAACAUAUGUGAAUCUGUUUUUAAGCAUUGAAAUUCCUCUGAAUGUGUAUUCUAACUUUUUCAAUUAUAGCUUUUUAAAAUCUGUUUUGUCAUUGUCGAUAUUUCAUACUUCCUCUUUCUAAAUAGUUUAUAUAACUUACUAACAUAAAUGAGCGCAGUUUGUUUAAUGAUGAAAAAAUAGUGAGUAGGUUGACUUUACUCUGGCAUAGCUUUAGCCUCUAAGGAUA